GCUCUUUCCACUGAGCCACGCUGCGAGUUUGAAAUGAGCAUCCAUCACGUCCAUCCAGCACCUAGUACAGUGCUUGGCACACAGUAAGUGCUAAACAAAUGCCAUUAUCAUUAUUACAUCGUAAGCUCUUGGAAGACAGAAAUUGUGUCUUCUGUGAUGAGUGUACAAUUCCAGGCGCUCGAUUCAUUACACCUCCACACAACGGGAGCUGAGAAAAAACCAUCCAUGGAUCGACUGACUGACUCUUUAAUUGUCUGGUUGACACGACGUCUGUGAAGACGCUUUGAAAAAGCCCUGUGUCCAUCUGAGGGGUCAUUUCCGUUAAGCAGGGCUGUUCUCGGGGGGCACGAUGUCUUCAGACCAAACGAAAGAGGACAAACCGUUGCCUCCACCGGAAACCGGAGAAGUAGAUGGGAUUCUAAUGACCAAGGUCAUCAGCCAAGAGUGGGACCGGAUAUGGAGCUUCCAGGCCAGACCGGAUGAUCUUCUCAUUGCAUCUUAUGCCAAGGCUGGAACAACGUGGACCCAGGAGAUUGUUGACAUGAUCCAAAAUGACGGAGACCUACAGAAGUGUCACCGAGCCAACACUUUUGACAGGCAUCCAUUUAUUGAGUGGGUUCUUCCACCCCCCUUCAACUCUGGGUUGGAGCUAGCUCUGAAGAUGCCCUCUCCCCGAACGAUGAAAACUCAUCUGCCCGUCCAGCUGCUGCCUCCGUCCUUUUGGGAACAAAAUUGCAAGAUCAUCUAUAUAGCAAGAAAUGCCAAAGACUGCCUAGUGUCCUACUAUCACUUUUCAAGAAUGAAUAAAAUGAUCCCCGACCCAGGAACCUGGGAAGAGUACAUGGAGUCAUUCAUGACCGGAAGAGUGCUCUGGGGGCCCUGGUAUGAACACGUGAAAGGAUGGUGGAAGGCGAAGGACAAGCAUCGCAUCCUCUACCUCUUCUAUGAAGACAUGAAGGAGGACCCAAAGCGUGAGCUCCGGAAGUUGUUGCGGUUCAUGGAGAAGGACCUGCCUGAAGAGAUCGUGGAUAAAAUCAUCUACCACACCUCAUUCGACGUGAUGAAGAACAACCCCAUGGCCAACUACACCACCCUGCCUUUAUCAGUGAUGGACCAUUCCAUCUCCCCAUUCAUGAGGAAAGGGAUGCCCGGAGACUGGAAGAACCAUUUCACGGUGGGGCAGAAUGAGCGCUUCGACGAAGACUACGAGAGGAAGAUGGCUGACACUUCCCUGACUUUCCGCACUGAGAUCUGAGAGCGGGGGAAACGAUUCUGAGGCGAUGGGGAUCGAAAACCAGAGAACGUCUUUUCCUCCCACGGUCCCCCGUACCGACCUGGGGUAAUAAUAACAGUAAUCACCAAAUUUGGUAAGCGCUCACUAUGCGCCAGGAACUGUUCUAAGCGCUGAAAUAAGCUCUGUGGGGGAAUAGCAGAAAAGAGGCCCCGAGAUUUUGAGCCUAUUGUGUGCAUUUGUCUGUGUUGUGUUCGAAAGAUUUCAUCACACCUGAUGUUUCUGUCUCCUGUUCCCUUCUCCCCACCUUUAUACCUAGAUUGUGAGCCCCCCAUGGUACGCGGACCGUGCCUAAUUCCCGCCUCUGUAUUCUUUCCUAGCGCUUAGUACCGUCCUCUAGACUGUAAGCUCACCUCUUGAUGGUAAAGUCGUUAUGGGCAGAAAAUGUGUUAGCUAAUUCUGUCCUAUACAGUGCUCUGUAUCCAAUAAGUGCUUGACAAAUACCUCUUAUUGCUCUGUACACAUUAAGCCCUUAAUAAAUACUAUUACUAUGCUAUACACU